AUGAUCUCUCAGCGUGCCACCCAAUCGGAAAGGCCAGACCUUGAUACCAGCAAGAUCAAAGAAUGGCGCUCUAUAGUGACACUGAUUGUCUUUGUUUUGACGAAUAUCAAUGUUCUAUUCCCUUUCCACAUACCUAUAUACAUCCCGCGGAUAUUAUGGACCCCAUUCCUCAAAACCGCGAGUGCGUUGCGCAUCAUCCCACCACCGCAACACCCAACUAGGGUCCGGAAUGGUAGACCUGGACCUCUUGUGCGGUUCGACUUUCCAAUGAACUUCAUUACGGCUCCUCUGGUGGCAGAUCUCUUUCUGCUCGCUAUCCUUGCUAUUGGCGCUAAGGAAGUAAGAGGCGGCACUCUCGGCGAUCAGGGUAUCGUGCCAUACGAUAUCAUGCUCUUUUUCCUCUCCCUUGCCUACAUUGCCAUCUCUGUUGACGCUUCCGGUCUCAUCAGAUGGCUAGCCUUCAAGGUUCUGCAGAAAGGAGGGAAAGUGGGCCACAGGCUGUUCUUCUACCUGUAUACCUUCUUCUUCCUUCUCACAGCUUUCAUCGGUAACGAUCCGGUUAUCCUAUCGGGUACAGCCUUCCUGUCGUACAUGACACGCGUAUCAAGCAAUAUCAAGCAUCCGAGAGCGUGGAUAUUCACGCAGUUCUCAGUCGCAAACAUCGCAUCGGCAAUACUGGUGUCUUCAAACCCCACCAACCUUGUCCUGGCAGGCGCAUUUGGGAUCACAUUCAUCAAGUACACGGCAAAUAUCAUUGUGCCAGUUCUUGUCACAGGAAUUGUGUUGUAUCCUUUCUUACUAUACAUCAUCUUCCAUGACGAAUCUUUGAUCCCUGCAUCCAUCAAGAUGGAAGAUCUUCCUGAUGAGCUCAAAAACAAGAAGCCAAUCAACCCCAAUAUCCCCUUCGCCAAAGGUGGACUAGACGAGAACGAGAGCGACCCCAGCAGCAGCGACGACGAACAGGAGAAGAAGAUGUCCCUCGAAGAAGUUCUAAACCCCUUCUUGGACAGGAAAGGCGCCAUGUUCGGAGCGGCAAUUAUGGCAGCUACACUUAUAACCGUCUUGGCAAUCAAUGCCGCUUCUCAAGGGUCGCACGAACGCCCGGUGUUCUGGGUCACGUUACCUGCUGCAUUCGUCAUGCUCAUUUUCGAUCUCACAAUGGGGUGGCUUGGCAGAGCAGAGACGCGGAAGAUCGCUCACGAGGGCCGGCGAAGAGCUGAGACUACACUUGCUGAAAGAGCCGAAACAAGAAGGAAGUCUGUUACACAAGAAGAUUUGGACGCAAUCACCCCUCAAAUAGCUCCGGAAACUGUCCGGAACUCCGAUGAGAAGCCGCAAUCAUUUCCCGAAGCCUCCAGUCACAUAUUGAGUGGGCGAACGCGAGAGAUGACGGGGACUGAACUUGUAUCACAGGAGGAGAAAAAGUUGGAGCCAAGCGAGAAGCCGAUGCCAACUACUCUAGCGUCAAUCGUCGCAGACUCAUAUAGAUGGGCACAGGAGACCUUUCCGACAACCAUGACUGUCUUCCACCACCUCCCUUUGGCCCUGGUCCCUUUCGCAUUCUGCAUGUUUGUUCUGGUUCAGGCUCUGGUCACCAAGGGCUGGGUUCCGGUUUUCGCCCAUGCGUGGGACCAUUGGGUUGAGAAGACUGGGACGGUUGGUGCGAUCGGCGGUAUGGGCUUUGUCUCAGUAAUACUGUGCAAUUUCGCUGGUACCAACAUCGGCACCACAAUCCUCAUUUCCAGAGUAAUCCAGGCGUGGGAAGAAAUCCACCGUCAAAACGGCAAUCCGAUUUCCGAUCGAACCUUUUGGGGCACGAUAUACAGCAUGGCCAUUGGCGUCAAUUAUGGUGCUUUCAGUCUGGCCUUCAGCGCAUCGCUGGCUGGCAUGCUGUGGCGCGAUAUUCUAGGCAGAAAGCACAUCCAUGUUGGCGGUCUGGAGUUUGCACGCGUCAAUUUGCCUAUCAUUGCAAUUACCAUGCUCGUCGGUCUUGUUGUUCUCGUUGGCGAGAUCUACAUCAUGAGAACGGACGACCCGUAUGAUGCCUGA